AUGGCGUGGUACUGUUCCGGAUCAACAAACUCAGAACUGAUUGAGAACCUAUGCAGAGAAGGACUGAUAAAGAACGAGAGAGUUAAACAAGCAAUGAUGGCAGUCGACCGCGGUCAUUAUGCACCUGCUAGACCGUACUCAGACUCGCCGCAGCCGAUCGGCCAUGGAGCGACAAUUUCCGCUCCCCAUAUGCAUGGACAUGCGUGCGAGUAUCUUAUCAACUACCUUCGACCUGGCGCCCAUGUCCUAGACAUUGGCUCUGGCUCUGGUUAUCUAACCCAUGUAUUUGCCAACCUUGUCGUGGAUACGUCAUCGAGCGAUGGCCCAAAAGGACAAGUCAUCGGCGUCGACCACAUACAAGAACUCGUAAACCUGGCACACGACAAUAUGAUGAAGUCAGAGGAUGGAAGAAAACUGCUAGAAAAUGGAGGCGUGAAGUUUGUCAAGGCCGAUGGCCGCCGUGGAUGGCUAGAUGGCGCGCCAUAUGAUGCGAUCCACGUUGGCGCAGCAGCACAAGAGCUACACCCUCUGCUAAUCGAGCAGCUGCGAGCGCCCGGACGUAUGUUCAUACCCGUCAAUGCCGAGGACGACCAAGGGACCCUGUUCAGUACCGCAUUCGGCGGUGGGCAGUAUAUAUGGGUAGUGGACAAGAAGAAAGAUGGCACUAUACACAAAGAGAAAGUGUUUCAAGUUAGCUACGUCCCUCUCACUGACCCACCAAAGCAUUGAAGACCUGAGUUCUGCGAUAUGCUAUGGAAUUUUCUGGUAGCAGCAAUGCCUGCAGCUAUGCCACUGAAGCCCCUCGCAGAGCUGGAAGCGAUACGGCGCAAAAGGUGACAAUUAAUAAAAUGAGCACUCCCAGAACCACCGCC